AUGCAAUCACAACAGAUUCCUGUGAACCAAUCCCAGAAUACACAGAAAUCACUUACCAUCACCAGAGCUCCCUCUACAUUAACAGAUGGAGAUGCCCCAUCAUGUUCAACUUCUCCAUCGACUAAUAACUGUCAGGUGUCUCCUCCAAACCUCCUGAAAAGAAAUCAGCAACUACCAGCUACAUUAGGGGGGAGUUUGAUAGUUGAUCCCACUAGUAAUCUGAUUCAGGAUCUUCACAGUAAGCCUGACAUGCAGAACAAACAUGAGUUGCUCAAUGUAAAAGGACCUGACCAGUUGAAGUAUAAAGGGGCAAUCACUGAUCAGCUGGAAGCUUCUUCUUCUGGAACAUCUUACUGCCUUGAUCCUGGAAAUGUCCAACAGAACUUGCCACUUUCCAACUUCUGCAUGGAAGGGGAUGUCCAAUCACACCCAAGAAACAGUUUGCCGUUUGACUCUAAUCUGGAUGGUCUAACGCCUGAUACUAUGCUUUUAAGAGGGUAUGACUCUUCAAAAGAUCUUCAAAAUUUGUUAUCGAACUAUGGUGGUGCUCCUAGAGACCUUGAAACUGAGCUGUCAACUGCUGACAUGAGCUCGCAGUCGUUUAGGGUGUCAAACAUGCCUUUCAGCUCUAGUGAUGUUGUCAUCAAUGACACUGGUGUUCUGAAUAAUAAUGGCUUGCGGGCUAACCAAACCCCACGAAUGCGGACAUAUACUAAGGUUCAAAAGCGUGGCUCUGUUGGACGAUGUAUUGAUGUUACCCGUUACAAGGGAUAUGAUGAACUUCGGCAUGAUUUGGCUAGAAUGUUUGGGAUUGAAGGGCAGCUAGAAGAUCCUCAAAGGACUGACUGGAAAUUAGUAUAUGUGGAUCAUGAAAAUGACAUCCUUCUUGUUGGUGAUGACCCUUGGGAUGAAUUCGUAAACUGUGUACAAAGCAUAAAGAUAUUGUCAUCUGCAGAAGUGCAGCAAAUGAGCUUGGAUGGGGAUUUAGGUGGUAAUGUUCCACUCCCCAACCAAGCUUGUAGUGGGACAGACAGUGGCAAUGCAUGGAGGGGACAAUAUGAAGAUAACUCAGCUGCCUCAUUUAAUAGGUAA